ACACUGCCCUGCCUGAGUGUUUGGGCCCUGCCGGUUUAGAUGCACUUCUCUCUUCCUCUCUCUGCGUGUGUGUGCUCACGUCUGUGUGUCUGCCACCCCACACAGCCUCUCUCUCUCUCUCCUUCCCUUCUCUCUCUCUCUCUGUCUAUCUCUUCCCGCCAGCGAGAGACUGUAGACAGCAGCCACCACCAUGGCGGAGCUGGAGGGCUUCGAGUUUGGCAAGUCGGACUUUGUGCUCCUGGACGAGGUGAACAUGGAGCACUUCAUGGAGAACCUGAGGCUGAGGUUCGAGAAAGGACGCAUCUACACCUUCAUUGGGGAGGUGGUGGUGUCCGUUAACCCGUACAAACAGAUGGACAUCUACGGGAAGGAGGUGAUUGACGCAUACCGGGGCCGCGAGCUCUACGAGAACCCUCCGCACCUGUACGCAGUGGCCGACGCUGCCUACAAGGCCAUGAAGAGACGAGCCAAAGACACCUGCAUCGUUAUAUCAGGUGAGAGUGGAGCAGGCAAGACUGAAGCCAGCAAAUACAUCAUGCAGUACAUUGCCGCCAUUACCAACCCCUCCCAAAGAGAGGAAGUGGAGAGUGUGAAGAAUGUUCUCCUGAAGUCUAACUGCGUUCUGGAGGCCUUUGGUAAUGCCAAGACCAACCGCAAUGACAACUCCAGCCGCUUUGGAAAGUACAUGGACAUCAACUUCAACUUCAAUGGAGAUCCGACAGGAGGUCAUAUCAACAACUACCUGCUGGAGAAGUCAAGGGUUGUGCAACAGCAAGCAGGCGAAAGAAACUUCCACUCUUUCUAUCAGUUAUUGCGCGGAGGCACUCCAGAGAUGCUGGGCAAACUGCACCUGAAGAAGGAGCCAGAGGCCUAUGUCUACACCAAAGAGGGAGCAGCUGUGGUCACGGGGUCCAAUGAUGGCGGAUGUCACAAGGCUGUAUUGAGCGCGCUCAAAGUGAUUGGCUUCACUCAAGAUGAGAUCGACUCCAUCUACAAGAUCAUUGGGACUAUCCUUCUGCUGGGAAACAUGGAGUUUGUGAACGAUGGGGAGGCAGUGCAGGUGUCGUCAGCCGAGACCGUGAGUCACAUCGCCGAGCUGACCACCACGGAGCCAGAGAGCGUGAACAAGACCCUGCUGUUCCGCACCGUGGCCACAGGGGGCGGCGAGGUCAUCGAGAAAGGACACAGCCAACAGGAGGCCUGCUUUGGACGCGAUGCCUUCGCCAAGGCCCUUUAUGAGAGACUGUUUGGCUGGAUUGUCAGCCGUAUAAAUUCAGUGAUCGAGGUGAAAAACUACAACCCUGCCCUUCAUGGCAAGAACACUGUCAUCGGUGUGCUGGAUAUCUAUGGCUUUGAGAUCUUUGAUAACAACAGUUUUGAACAGUUUUGCAUCAACUACUGUAAUGAGAAGCUCCAGCAGCUCUUCAUUGAGCUGAUCCUUCGGCAGGAGCAAGAGGAGUACAACAGAGAGGGCAUCACAUGGCAGCACAUUGACUACUUCAACAACCAGAUCAUAGUGGACCUGGUUGAGCAGGCCCAUAAGGGGAUCAUCUCUAUCCUGGAUGAGGCCUGCCUGACUGUGGGUAACGUCACCGACACAGUCUGCCUGGAGAGCAUGAACAACAAGUUGGGCCAGCACCCACACUUCACAUCCCGCAAGCUCUGUCCCACUGACAAGACCAUGGAGUUCCACCGAGACUUCCGCAUCCGUCACUACGCAGGCGAUGUCACUUAUUCUGUCGAAGGUUUUCUGGACAAGAACAAAGAUCCACUCUUCCAAGAUUUCAAGAGGCUCAUGUACAACAGUUCUGAUCCCGUCCUGAAAGACAUGUGGCCAGACGGCCAGCUGGGCAUCACGGAGGUAACCAAGCGACCCCUGACGGCCGCCACCCUCUUUAAGAACUCCAUCAUCGCCUUGGUGGACAAGCUCGCCUGCAAGGAGCCCUACUACGUGCGCUGCGUCAAGCCCAAUGAAAUGAAGUCGCCAGUGCUGUUUGACGACGCCCGCUGCCAACACCAGGUGGCAUACCUGGGCCUGCUGGAGAACGUGAGGGUGCGGAGAGCAGGCUUCGCCUACCGACAGCCCUACGCCCGCUUCCUGCAGAGGUACAAGAUGACGUGUGAGUACACGUGGCCCAACCACCUGAUGGCGACGGACCGCGAGGCGGUGGAGGCGAUCGUGACGCAGCACGGUUUCGAGGGCGACGUGGCGUACGGACACACCAAGCUGUUUGUGCGCACGCCGCGCUCACUCUACACACUGGAGCAGGAGAGGGCAGCACUCAUCCCCAUACUCGUGCUCUUCCUGCAGAAGGUGUGGCGGGGGACGUUGGCGCGCAUGCGUUGUCGGCGGAUGCGCGCCAUCUACGUGAUCAUGGGCGGCUACAAGCGCUACAAGGUGAAGAGCCACUUCUGGGAGGUGGAGCGGCGCUUCGCCGGCGUGCGCGGCAUGGACGACUACGGCAAGAGCGUGGUGUGGCCCACGCCGCCCGCCACCCUCGCCCAGUUCCACGCCAUCACGCAGCACCUGCAUCGCAGGUGGCGAGCCAGGCAGAUCGUUAAGAACAUCCCCCCGUCAGACAUGCCCGAGGUGAGGGCCAAGGUGGCGGCCCUCACGGUCCUGGCCGGGGAGCGCUCCGACUGGGGCUGUGGACGCCCCUGGGAGAGAGACUACCUGGCCAACGCCCGAGACUCGCCGCAGACCAGCGUGAACUUCUCCCGCGCCACCAAGGAGAUGAAGGCCAAAGACCUGUACGGCCAGAUCCUCUUCUCUGGGGCUGUACGCAUGCUGAACUGGUUCAACAACACCAAAGACAAAGCGCUGUUGAUUACAGACAAACACGUUUACAGACUGGACUCCAAGAAAUACAAAGUGAACAAGAGGAUACCACUGGAGACUGUGACCAGUUUGAGCGUCACUAGCGGAAGUGACCAGAUGGUGGCGCUACACACUUCCAAUCAGGACGACUUCCUGGUUUACCUGCAGCGGGGUCAGCUCUGCACCAACCAGGACCGCGUCGGGGAACUGGUGGGGACCCUCUGCGACCACUUCACAAGAGUGAGGAACGCUGAUCUUCCAGUCAAAGUGUCUCAGAGGGGCUUCAGCGUGCACAUGAGCGGCAAACAAAAAAACAUCACCGUGGAGACCAAGGCUGGCCAGGUCACCCCCGACUUCCGCAAGAGCCGCGGAGGCUACGCCUUACUGCUGCCCACUCAAUGACCUGGACCAACAACAGCACACACACACACAGACACACACAGACACACACAGACACACACACACACACACACACACACACACACAUGCUCACAGACAAGCUUUCAGGAACUGUCGGAGUCAGUAAUUUAAAAUGUUAUGUAAAACUCAGUGGAAUGUACUGGGAAAAGAUCAACUUUUGUAUAGUCAUAACCGUACAUUACUUUAGACCAAGUUAGAUUUCUUACAGUUUUUCUCACUUGUUUACACACACAAAUACUGGUAUUUGAGACACAAUGGGCACAAGAUAUAACUCAUGCACCAACCCCCUGAACCAAUUCUGCUAAACUACAAGCACGAUUCCUGCUGUACACUCAAACUGCAGUUCUAAAACACACUUUUUUCAAAACACUACACACCAUUCUCUGCAUUGGCACAAUUUUCACAAAGAGCACACUGGAACACACUGCCAUUCAAGUUCUAAAGUUAAUUGCCCUACUAUGCAUACUGACUCAUCACAUAGGCAAACACCCGUCACACAGUUUUACAAUUAGCAACCAGAGCUUUAGUAUAAAAGGACAACAGUUGGGUGUGAUCUGAGUAUAAAAUUAAUAUUCUCAAAUACACUUAUGUACUAUCUGUAGUAAGUGUAGCACUGAACAAAAAAGGCAUAAGUCAUUAUAAUGAAUGGUGAAGAAUUGUUUUCCAUUCAUCAAAGUGUUUUACAUUGAGGACAUCAGUGUUCAACUGGUUCGCAUAAAUGUCUAUUCAUAUGAUGGUUUGUGUAUGUAAUUUGGAAACAAAAUACCAUUUUGCUUUUGUAUUUGUGUGUAGAGUUCUGAGAGUAUGAGGCAUGCUUUCAGAAAAAGUGUGUAAACAAUUUAGAAAAACUGUAAUUCAAAGAUUGUCUGAUUUAUGUUCUGUACCUGCUUGCUGUCAAUGUUAUUUUUUUAUUUACUGUACUACUGUAUUUUAUGAGAGAAGCGUAUAUAGUUUAUUGUAAUUGAUAUUCGAGAGAAUAGUUAUUUUUAUGCACAUCACUGUAACCUCUGUGAUCUAUUGAUCAUGCCUUUCAGGCAAUCAGUUGGUUAUGUCUGCAAGAUACUAUGCUGAAUUUCACACUCACAUUCCAGGUGAAAGCCAACUGUAGGCUCCUGUAGUGUCCCUGGCCUCUGUAUGUUAUUGAUCAUGCAUGUAAGCUGAUCAGUUGGUUAUGUCUGUCAGAUGCUAUGCUGAACUUCACUGUUCACAGCUUCAUUCCAGGAAUAAGCCAAGUGUAGGCUAAACCUGACCUGGAUUCUCCUCAGCAGUAUUUUAUUCUGGCACAUUCAUGAGUAUUUAAUAAAGAACAGCCAUGGCUCAGG